ACAACUUUGACUACAACCUCACUGGCUUUAGCUCCCGCAAGUUCGUCUUGAUCCACAAGCGGGCUCUCCUUAAUUCUAUCCCCGGCCUGGAAAUAGGAAGUCGAUUGGGCCAGGGAAUUAGGAUCUGCCAAAUACGAGAAAACCCCACCCUUCCGUGGUGGCCCACAACCGGCUAUCUCGGUGUCGUAUUGACGGAUGCCCAUGCCAAUCGGACUUUGAACUCUUAAAAUCACAGCAUAGUCGCAUAAUGGAUACUAGUCGGGGCAAGUUGCGCUUCAGAGUCUUUCUUAGACUGUCUAUUCGUGGAGAAGCCGACUCAGCGUCUAGUUGAUGAUGCGUCUCGUCGCCCACUUCGCCGCGGCAGUGGCUUGUUAUUUUGCUGUAACUACCUCCCAAGCAGUGCCCAAGACGUACUUUGUCGAGUUGUCCAAGGACUCGACAGCAGGACUCAGCAUCAGUCCACAUGAUCUCGCCAGCAAGGCAGCCGAAGCGUCUAUCCCGCUGCGUGUGCGAUACGAGUACACUGACAAAAGCGUAUUUUACGGCGUAUCAGUCUCUCUAGACAGCGAUUCGGACAGUGAAAAGUUGCGAGCUCUGCUGGGUGUCGAGAAUGUUAUUCCCGUCCAGAGCGUGGCGCACCCCCAUCGCCCGAGCAGCAACGUGAAGAGGUCUCCCCCCAGCAGCAAGACUAGCGAGCACGUCACACGCAACUAUGACAGCGGUAGAGACCAAUACAGAUCCUCGCUGUCUCGGAGGGCGGAUGUUGACUGGAAUAGCCCACACGCCAUGACAGGCGUCGACCGCGUUCACGCAAAGGGCGUGCUCGGCGAGGGCGUACGCGUCGCCGUCAUCGACACGGGGAUCGACUAUCUGCAUCCCGCCCUGGGAGGAUGCUUCGGAAAAGGCUGCAAGGUCGAGUUCGGCUACGACUUCGUCGGCGAUGACUACGGGUUCGGCAACUCUACCCCGAACCCGGGCCCGGACCCGCGGCCAGGCUGUUUUGACAGCUUCCACGGCACCCAUGUGGCAGGCAUUAUCGGUAUGGAGGUCCCCUCCAACGCCUCCAUGUUUCCUGGUCUCGUUGGCGUUGCUCCUAGGGCGACGCUGGGCAUGUACCGCGUUUUUGGGUGUGACGGGAGUGCGUCGGAUGACGCUAUUGUUGCGGCUAUGCAGAGAGCUGUUGAGGAGGGUGCCCAUGUUGUGAGUAUUUCGAUUGGGGAGUUUGGGACCUGGUCGGGUUAUCCUGGGUCGAUUCUCCCCUCUGCGGUCACCGCUCUGAGAGCAAAAGGCGUAGCUGUCGUUGCUGCUGCUGGUAACUCUGGCACACAAGGCAUGUUCUCCAUCAAUUUGCCGGGCGGGGCGGAUGACGCGCUUGGUGUUGCGUCGGUUGAGAACGCAAAGUUUCCAACGUACCCGAUCCGUGACUCCAAUGGUGCUGAGUUCCGUUACGGAGCGUUGCAUCCCUUCCCGGAGGGAGAGUAUCCUGUUGCGUGGGCCGGGAGAAACACAUCCACUUACACGUUUGGCUGUUCGGCUUCCGACUAUCCGUCAGCCGGUAGUCUCCAGGGGCCGAUUUCCGAGUACAUUGUCGCCGUCAAGAGAGGGCCUUCGUGUUCGCCGACGCAGGUUCAGACGUAUGCCUCUGCGGCCAACUUCACUCGUGUCAUUACAUACCCGGAGCCCACCAUCGAUGAUGUUUUCAUCAAAGGCCACGCCGUGCCAACGCCGUCUCUUACUGCAGAUGGAUAUAUCUAUCCUAUGGGCAGCGUGAUUGACGAGAUACUUUCGAACGCGGCCAAGAGUAGCGGACAGUACAAAUUGCUUGUUGAGUCCCAGACGCCUCUUCUAGUGGAUCAAAUCAGCGGCGGGUCACCAAACAACUUUAGCAGCAUCGGUCCCAACGCCGACUUCGCGUUCAAGCCCGAGAUAGCUGCCCCCGGCGGAAUGAUCCUGGCCACUUUUCCGCUCAUAGAGAAUAGCGGCGGUUUUGGCAUCAUCAGCGGCACGUCCAUGGCGACGCCUUACAUAUCGGGUGUAUAUGCUCUGAUCAAGUCACAGAAUCCCGACUUGUCUGUUGAAGAGAUCUUUGAGCUGAUGCAAACCACCGCUGCGCAAAUCAAUAUGGCAGACUAUGAUCUGAUGGCGCCUACGGUUCAACAGGGAGCAGGACUGGUUCAGGCUCACAAAGCCGUGUUUCCGGGAACAGUGGUAUCUCCAGGGGAAUUCAAACUGGUUGAUGUCGAGGAGGCUACUUUGACCAUUGACAACCCGUCAGAUACCGACGUGACAUACAGCUUGUCAAACAUACCUGCGGCUGGAACAGCGCCCUUCUCAGACGGUCCGGGCCGUACCGCGCAAGUCGGCUACAUCCCCCAAUUAUUCUCAGCCAAAAUCGACUUCACAGUAGGAAGCCAGGUCACCGUCCCAGCCGGCGGCUCCGCCAACGUCUCGUUCUCCAUCACAACCCCAUCAUCGCCAGACGCCAGCCUCGUCCCCCUCUUCUCCGGCUUCAUCGGUAUCUCCUCUUCUGCCAACGAGACCUUCACGAUCCCGUACAUGGGCCCAGCCUACAACUACAGCAGCACGCCCAUCGUCGGCCUAAAAAACAUCACCGCAGAGCAGCGCCUCAACGCCCUGACACCGACGCGCGACCCCCUCUCCGCCCCGCAAAUCUUUGCCAACGGCGACAAGGCCGAUAUUGGCAACUACCGCUCCUUUUCGUUCCAGUACCCGGACUACCCUGUCGCGCUCUUCACCUCGCUUCAGCCGAUGCGCAAGUUCCGCUUCGAUAUCGUGCGCGCGAGCACAAACUUCACGCCGACGUGGUACGGCUUCGAUCCCAGCGUGAAGUUUGAUAAUCUUACCGAGACGUCGAUGACGGAGAAUGGUACGAUUGCUGGCGUGCCUAUACUCGGUUCGAAUAUGAUUCAGAACGGGUGGCUACCGCAGACGAGUUAUCAGGCUGGAUGGUCGUAUAGCAUUCUUGAUGUUACCGCUACGAGGGGAUUGGGGUUGAAGAAAGGGUCUUAUCGUAUUUUACUAAGAUGGCUCAAGUUUUACAAGGAUGAGGAGGAUCCUGCGUCGUGGGAUAGCUGGAUGAGUGGUGUUGUUGAUGUUUUGGAGGACGUUUUUGAGCCGACUGUUCCAUCGUAGAACUUGGGAUCUACGAAAUGGAUGCGCAACUAAAUGUAGAAAUACAUUAGUUAAUGUAAGCCAAGCUUUCAAUAAGAUGUCGUUUCACGUAAGAUA